UGUAGAUGUUGUGCACAAGUGUUUGAAGUUCUGUAUACUCAAUUCGACUUGGAUAAUAAAAAGAUGACUAGUAUUCACAUGGUCCCCCCAAAAUUAUCACUACGUGAAUUAAGGUGUAUGGUGAUCACUACUAUUUCUGCUUUAAGGGUCGAUCAGAAACCUCUACCCCACAAAGGUAGGGGUAAGUUUUGCAUACACCCUAUUCUCCUUGGACAUCGGUUAUAGGGUUACAUUGGAUAUGUUGUUGUUGUAAGGUGCAUGGUGAUGCCGACAGCUAGAGCACAGGUAAACUACCAUUUUACAUAUUUUAAUGUGUUUAGCAUAUGGGAAUCACCAGCUUAUCUUUGGAAUUAAAGGUGCUAUCUUUUCCAACACUCCUGAACCAUAAUCUAUUAUGGCAAACCGUUGGAGGAUUUUGUAGCAUCUCUACCUACUCCAACUAACUGAAAAUUCAAUGAGCUAGCAAAGUCUGUAACGCAUGCCGUAUUUGAAAGUAAUUGGGGAGCACUUGUACGCUUGGAAGCUUUGUUGUUUGUGCAGGUUUUGCAACAAGAGUUAAAUCUUUGGAUGAACAGAUUUGUGCAUGUUACUGUACAAAUCUAAGAAUUUGUUACCCAGACGACCAACUUGCUGGGAAUCAAAUUAAACACAUAUGAAUCAUUUACUUUUCAAGGAAACAAAUAAACUAAUAAAAGUGGGAAUAAUGUAAGUCACGGGCUAUAUAAGGAUAUCCAAACAUAUGAACCAACACCACUAUACCAAGUUUGAGUCAAAUGCAUAGUGAGUCAUGAAAGCAACUAAGGUGCAAAGGCAUAAGACCUUGUACAAUAGAAGGAAGUAAAUAAUGAUAAAUAUAAACUAGCCACAAUGAUAGAAAAGUGGUUUGGAUCAAUUGUCCUGCUCAAAGGUUCGUUCGGUUGCCUGUUGAUACUAGGUUUUGAAUCUGCAUUAACUUGGUAAAAGAGAAGAGGAGGGAGAGGGGGAAAGUGAAUAUUUUCGAACUCAAGUAUGUGUCUUACGUUGCCCCCUUGAAGGGUCGGACUUUUUUAAUGCAUAUAGAAAAUAAUUCUGAAAAUUUGCGACAAAAUCCGGAAAGCAUGUAGAUACAUAAAUUGGAAGUUAAAAGAGACUUGACCUAACUUAAAGCUCUUCUUUUCCCCAAAAAACAAAUCGAAUGUUCUUAUGUUAAUGUGAAUCAUAAAGCAUAUAGACAUGGAUAAACAUGAAAUAAACUGCAUUGUUAGGCUUCGUCUCUUGGCACUGGCAUGUAUCUUAGUGGUGCUCACUGGAAAAGGAAAGUCGAAAGUCGAAUUAAAUAAGGCAAAAAAAGUCAGAAUUUUUUAUUUAAUUUUUAAAAAUAAUUAAUACUAAAAGUAAAAAUGAUUAAGUCUAUCUUAAUUUUAUAAAAUGAUGUGCAACUUGAGAUAAGUAAUUUUUGUAAUCUUGAUGAUUAAUUUAGUAUUCUCUAAGCUAAACAUACAAAUAGAAAUGUUCUGAGACUAUAACCAGAUGUGAGGAAAAAAAUAAUCUUAGCAGCUCAAUCAAUUGGCUAGAACUUUUCACCACAUUUGUGAGUUCAAUUUCUCAUCUUCCUAUAAUCUAUCUUCCAUUUCCCCUUCCGUUGCUUCUAGUAUAAAACGUAGGUGUACCUUUUAAACUUGACCUCAACUGAUAUUUAUGUCCUUCAACUAACGGUGUGCACAAGUACAUACUUAAAUUUGCAUAAAGUUAAAUUCGUAGACAUAUGCGCUCUACACGGUGUCCUACAUGACGUCUUAACGAAUUGCCAUGUAGAAUGCACGUGUACUUAUUCAACUUUAUGAUAGUUUAAGUGACUAUUUAUAUACCCCAAAGUUGAAGCACAUAGAGAUCAAGUUAAAGUGACACGUUUAUGUAUUAUUUAUUUUUUAAAGAUAAAAGUGAGGGAAAAAGAAAAGAAACUUGUACUACUCUUUUUGUGUGUGGUAAAAUGACCAAAGACCCCAACCUUGUUUGUAUGGCCAAAAUGAUCACCCAUAUCUUAUACUGCCCACUACUCUUCUUCAAGGUUCAAACUAUCCAAUUAAACUGCUACGUGCAUGGCUUCACUGCCCUUUAACCCCAUCUUCAACCCUCAUACCCCUACAUGUAAACCCAAAUCACUUCCAAAAUUCCCACAAACUCAUUCCAGAACAUACCAAGAAAUUGACACAAACAAUAAAGUUCUCCACAUCAAACUCCUUGGAUCUCUAUGCAAAGAGGGUAAACUUCAAGAAUCUGUGGACUUUAUUAAAGAAAUGGAGUGCAACAAUUUAUAUAUUGGACCUGAAUUCUAUGGUGAAAUGCUUCAAGGCUGUGUCUAUGAAAAAAACCUGAAAUUUGGUCAGCAAAUUCAUGCCAAGAUUCUAAAAAGUGGUGAUUUUUAUGCCAAGAACGAGUACAUUGAGACAAAGCUAGUAAUUUUUUAUGCAAAAUGUGAUCUUUUUGAUGUUUCCAGUAAUUUGUUUUGUAGAUUGAGGAAAAAGAAUGUGUUUUCUUGGGCUGCAAUUAUUGGACUAUGUUGUAGGAUGAAUUUGUGUAAAGAAGCUAUGUUUAAAUACAUUGAAAUGUUAGAAAAUGAGAUUCUUGGUGAUAAUUUUGUUUUACCAAAUGUGUUGAAAGCUUGUGGUGCUUUGAAUUUUGUUCAAUUUGGGAAAUGUGUUCAUGGGCAUGUCUUGAAAUUGGGAUUUGAAAGUUGUGUAUUUGUGGCUAGUAGUCUUAUUGAUAUGUAUGGGAAAUGUGGGGUUUUGGUGGAUUCAAGAAAGGUUUUUGAUUAUAUGUAUGAAAAAAAUGUAGUAGCGUGGAACUCGCUAAUCGUGAGUUAUAUGCAAAAUGGAUUCAACGAGGAAGCUAUUGGAGUCUUUUAUGAUAUGAGAAAUGAAGGAAUUGAACCGACUCGUGUAACUCUGUCGAGUUUUCUUUCAGCUUCGGCUAAUUUAUGUGCUCUACAUGAAGGUAAGCAAGGUCAUGCUAUAUCGGUUAAGAGUGGAUUAGAUUUGGAUAACAUAUUCGGGAGCUCACUUAUAAACUUUUAUGCUAAAGUUGGUUUGGUUAAUGAUGCUGAGCUAAUAUUCCAUAGGGUGAUUGAGAAAGAUGUAGUAACGUGGAACUUGUUGAUGUCUUGUUAUGUACAGUCUGGUAAGAUUGAUAAGACUCUCGACUUGUCUCGUUUGAUGAGAUUAAAAGGUUUUAGGUUUGACUCCGUGACACUAUCAACUAUAUUAUCUGCCUCAGCAGAAUUACGGGAUUUGAAGCUUGGCAGAGAAGGGCAUUGUUUUUGUGUGAGAAACACUUUUGAUAAUGACAUAGUUGUAGCAAGUGGUAUUAUAAAUAUGUAUGCCAAAUGUGAGAAAAUCCCAGAUGCAAGACGGGUUUUUGACAACACAAUGGAGAAAGAUUUAGUCUUGUGGAAUACAUUGUUGGCUGCUUAUGCAGAAGUGGGCUUAAGUGGCGAGUCGCUAAGAUUAUUUUACCAGAUGCAGCUGUAUGGUUUACCACAAAAUACCAUAUCUUGGAAUUCUGUAAUUCUUGGACUCUUAAGAAAUGGACAGAUAAAUGAGGCCAUAGACAUGUUUACACAAAUGAAAACUGUUGGUUUAGACCCUAACAUAGUUACUUAUACUACGCUUAUCAGUGGUCUAACUCAAAAUGGUCACAACAGUGAGGCACUUACAUAUUUUAAGCAACUGCUUCAAGCAGGGUAUCGACCGAAUAGUGCAAGUAUUGUUGCUGCCCUCUCAGCUUCGACAAAUAUGGCAUCACUGCACGAUGGAAGAUCCAUUCAUGGAUACAUUUUAAGGCGAAAGAUUCCAUUAUCUCUUCCAGUGGCAACUUCACUAGUUGAUAUGUAUACAAAAUGUGGAAGUCUAAAUUGUGCAAACUGCAUCUUUGAUUUGAUUCCAGAAAAGAAGUUGGCCUUGUAUAAUGCUAUGAUAUCUGGUUAUGCUUUACAUGGCUGUGCUAUAGAAGCACUUGCAUUGUUCAAACGUCUAUGCAAGGAAGGUGUGGAACCAGACAGCAUAACCUUCACCAGUGUGCUAUCCUCUUGUUGUCAUGCUGGACUGGUAAAAGAAGGAUUAGACGUUUUUUAUGACAUGCUCACUGUGCAUCAUAUGAAGCCAAGAGUGGAACAUUAUGGUUGUAUUAUCACUCUUCUCUCUAGGUGUGGUGAUCUCGAUGAAGCUAUGCAGCUUAUUCAGAGUAUGCCUUUCGAACCUGAUGCAAAUGUUUUCGAAUCACUGCUUGUGGCUUGUAGAGAACUCAGAGAGACAGAGCUCGAGAAACAUAUAGCUAACUGUUUAAUUAUGAUGGAACCAGAUAAUGCAGGACACUAUGUGUCACUUUCAAAUGCAUAUGCAACAACAGGAAGAUGGGAUGAAGUCUCAAAACUGAGGGAUUUGAUGAAGAAAAAGGGUCUUAGGAAGAGACCUGGAUGCAGUUGGAUUCAGGUAGGAGCGGAAUUUCAUAUGUUUGUUUCAGGAGACAAGUGGCAUCCACACACAGAGAAAAUAAGCACAAUAUUGGCGUUGUUGGAUAGGGAAAUGCAGCUCACCAGAUUCUGUUUCAACAACUGAGAAUAUCAAGUUAUGAUUCCUUGGGCACAUUUGUGAUCUUUGCCAACUGAAUUCAUGUUAAUCAGAUACAAUUAAUAUGGCAAAUUUUAGCGGCUAAAAAUGACUUGAAGACCAGAAAAGCCACUAAACAAGAGAAUGUCAACCAUAUCAGCACUAGUGGAAAUAUAUAUUUGUAUUUGUCUUCAGGAGACAACAUUGAAGUUCUGAUGCUGGAUCAAUUCAUAUAAAUUUCCUGCUGGAUCAGACACUUAGAUGAGAAAACAUCAUGAUUUGUGAGAAAAAUGAUUUCUGGUGUGUUAACCUCAACUUGGAUGUGGCCAAGUGAGUCUAUCCUCUUGGGAGAAGCAGUUGCCAUUUCCUACAAGCCACUGUACUUGCAUUGUUUUAUUCAUAACAAAGACUGAUGUACGGAUUGGAUAGAUUACAGAAUUGAAAAUUACUUCUAUUCUUCAGCUCCAAAUUGAAAAUUUUAAAACUUUUGGAGCUGCUGUAAAUGAACACAUUUUGGCAUUAGUUCUUAGUAAAUUUCUCUAAACUGUUUAGAAUAUUCACCUCGAAAAUUUAAAACUCAAUGCGUUGAACCA